AGUACACACAAACUAUGAGACUUGUGAAGCUCUGACAUGGUAGACAUUCUAGGCAUUUCUAGGACACCAAUAUGUGCGCUUUUGGGUUCACUAUCCAAGACUUCUGCCGCAAAAUUAGGUGCAGUUUCGCUGAUGAAAGCCAUUGGAAUGAGCUUUAUUAAGAGUGAUUCCAUCGAUAAUUUGGUAUUAAGUCAAGUUUUUUCGGCUGGUUGUGGACCUUUGAUCUCCAAACAGAUUGCUCUUUGGGCAGGACUGGAUAGGUUGAAUACGUUUCAAGUCAACCAACAAUGCACAAGUGGAUUAAAGGCUACAGUAUUAGCAUUUGAUGCUAUAAAUUCAGGAAAAUCGCAACUUACAGCCGUAGUUGGUGCGGAAAGUUCAUCCCUAGCUCCAUACCUGCUAAGAAAGGCUAGAUAUGGAGGAUACGGAUUUGGCGAUGGUACCCUUGUCGAUACAUUAUCUCGCGAUGGACCAAGGGAUAUUCAAGAGGAAAUGGAGAAUUUGGCAAAGUCGAGCAACAUCAGCAAAUUUGAACAGGAUCAAUAUGUUCUAGAGAGUUUUAAAAGAGCUGCAUGUUGUUACAGUGAAGGCAUAAUGAAGCACGAAAUCGCUCCAAUUACCGUUAAAACAGAACAACCAUCAAAGGGAACAAAGGCUUGGAUUCAACACAAGGACUGCACGAUUAGCGAGGAUUCAUUUCUCAGAUUUGUGGAUUUCAAGAAUUCAAAGGUAGAUAACAAUGCAAAACACUCUGAUGGAGCUGCAUCGUUGAUUAUUUCUACUGAAAACUUUACAAGAAGAGCAAAUUUAUCGCCUGUUGCCAGAAUUUUAGACUAUCGCCAAGUUUCUGGAACAUUCCCAGAAUCCAUAUGUGAUGCUAUACAAGGUGUUAAAACUACCAUAAACAACCCGGAAAAGAGUGUAGAUUUAUACGAUAUUAUGGAUCAAAAUGCAGUGGUACCCUUGUACAUUUCGAAGAGGAUGGAUAUCGAUUUAUCAAGAAUGAACAUUUGUGGAAGUACAAUUGCACUGGGACACCCACCUGGAAUGACGGGGGUUCGUCAAAUCAUCUCACUCGUAACUGCACUAAAAUCCAGGGGACUUCAAUUUGGAAUCGCAGCUGGGUCUAAUACGCAUGGAGAGGCUACAGCCAUCCUUGUAGAGUCCUGCACUUGAUUUUCCUUCGCCGUUUACUUUCUCCACAGUGGACCCAUUGUAUGAUAUUCUAUAGGGGAGAUCAAUUGUAAUAUAUGGCAUCAUAAGCCAACGAACAUAGGAAGAUUCUAUUUUAUAGGGGAAAACUUGAAUUAAUGAUUUAGAAUCGGCGCAAUUUUGCCGAAUGUACAAAAAAUCGUAAAAUUUG